UCGUGAAUCGAUGCGCUUUAAAAGCGUUCACGGUCAACUUUUAAUACCUCAAUGACCAGUUUCGGACGUCGUUUGGAAGACCAUGGACCAUGGACCUUCAAGAAAAUGGAAAGACGAUAAAGCAGCCAUUAACAUUAUUGUAGGGUCACGUGAAGCUGGACUCUACUCCCGGCAAGGUUGAUGUCAGGGAAUCGAGUCACUCGUGUUUGAAGCUUCUUGAUCAAGUCGACUGGAAUAUCAUUUAUACAUUUCGAUUGCAUUAUUGUAACCCGCCGAUCGAGCCACCUUUUGUCAUAUAGGAUCGAUCCCCGCCCCGGAACAUUUUUGUUGCAGAACACUGCGGGACCUGGGCCUACAACCGAUUCUGCAACGAGGACACUUGAAGCAAAAUAAAGGUGAGGAUGGCCUCCUCAUGGCUUCAGUCGAUGAAUAUGGCCACUGGUUGGGUGGUUAUUGUGCUGUUCGUACAGACCUGUUUUGUUCUCGGCACUGUUACAUCGGUCGGUGUCUUCUUCUCAGAGUUCAAAGACACCUUGGGGAUAUCAUCAGCAGACAUUGGUAUAUCGCUGGGCCUAUUCAAUGCGUUCACGUUCGGACCGGGACCGGUAGUGGCAAGUCUUUACAGCUACGCAUGGUUAAGACGCCCUCUACUCAUCACAGGAUCUGUUUUAGCACCGUUGGGUCUUCUUCUAAGUUCCACAGUGACCAAUAACAUUGAACUGGCUGUCUGUCUAUCCUUUGCAGGUCUAGGUGGGAAUAUUCUAUCUCAGUGUCUGGUGAUCUGCUUGGACGUACACGCCCAUGACCAUUUCCACACCCUAUUUGGAAUCAGCAAGUCAGGUUAUGCCUUUGGGAUGCUGAUUAGUCCUUUACUUGCAGCCUGCCUGAUGGACGUCUAUGGCUGGAGGGGCGCCAUGCUGAUCAUGGGAGCGGUCACCUCUAAUAUCAUACCUCUCACCAUGAUGGUAGAUACAACUAUUCGUGACAAGUCAAAAACGGAAGGACAUUCGGAUUCAUCCAAAUCGCAGAACCACUCUGAAGAAACAUCUUUAGAGGAUACGGACAUGAUUGACGGCUUGAUAAAGAAAUGUCCAUCAGAAGUGACAAAUACCGUAGAGGAACACCAUCAAAGGCAGUUUUCUGAGGCAGUUCAACCUGAUGACAAAGAACUCUAUGGAACAUUGUGUCGACACCAUGAAGGAUCAUCAAAAGAUGACAUUCGUACAGCCACGGUAACAACAUCCGAAGGAGACAAUGGAGAUGGAUCUAGUGAGUUAUGCUCACUGAUGGAAAUAGGUCAACCCCAAACCAGAGAGCAACAUCAAGAAGAAAAGAACAACCUGUACAGGUCAAAGAACAACGAUCAUUCAUCUUCAGAAACCAUUCGACAGCUCCCCCUCAACAGAGUUCGUCAAGCUCUGAAGAACUCCAUCUACAUCCAGGACAAAUGCCUCAUCGUCCUGUUGAUUUCAAAUUCCUUAGUUGCCAUGGUACACGGAGGUUGGCACUCAUUCUUUAUACCUCGAGCACAGAGCCAAGGAAAGUCCGUCUACGCGUUGAACUGUCUUCUGUACUCUACGUCCAUUGCUUGUUUCGUUUCUCGCAUCUGCAGUGGUAUCCUUCUGAGUCCUCGAUGCAUCUCCGCCUAUGAUCUCUUUUUUCUAUUCAGAAUAGCCAAUGUUGCCUCGAUGCUUGCGGACAUCUACUUCUCCAGUUUUCCUGCCAUGGUUGUUACAUCAUUCAUUACGUCAUUUGCCAUCAACGAAGAGAACAUGUUCAUGAUUUUCAUCUCAAAGGAACGAACACCUCGCUCGGCCUUUCCGCAAGUCUUUGCCGUGAUACAAAUUGCUUUUGGGAUAGGUGCACUACUCGGAACUUACCUUACAGGAAUGCUUGCGGACAUCACGGGUAGCUACAGAGUAUCUUUCAUAUUCCUCCUGUCCAUAGAGGGCGUCCUCUUCUUCAUCAUGACUCCUCCGCGCUUUAUUAAAUCGAAGUUUCAGGAGAAUGCACAGAAGCCUAUAUGACAUAUUUUACGAGUUAUAGCAGUUGCUGAUGUUUCACGGGCCUAAAACAUUCCCAUAGUCUCGUGUGUUAAAAACAUUAAAAAAUCGUAAGAAUAAGGAUUAAAUUCGAGCGUCGAAUGUUUACUACCAGUGGAUAUCUGACAAUCCAUAUCUGACCAGAAAAGGGUCCGUCGACCGGCUCAUUAAAAAAAGAAUCGGCAUUUCUGAAGACAUCUCCUGAUGGAUCAAAUUCACCACCUGAAACAGUCAAAUAGCCCUUAUUCUUCCGCCAGUUGAAUUUAGUUCCAAACUUGGUGAUAUUUCUUCCCACUUUGUGAAAAGGAAUUUCAGUAUAUUGGAUACCCUACAUACACUCUAAAAAAUGAAGUGCUAAUUC